ACCUCGUUAAGUGCAGUCCGUCCACUUCGCAAAAAAGACGCGACAUCUGAUCGGAUCGAAAUGGGUUAAUGGGCACCUUCUCCAUCUGCCCGUUAUCAAAAUGCAACGUACCGAACAAGAAAUAAUUAUCAAAUCAAUUGCGCAACACGCGAAUCUCUCAGAUAAGACGGAAAAGGAACUGCAAGAGCCAUUCCUAUCCCAGAAACGGUCGGAACGAGAAGCGUCCUGCCGCGUGAAUGUCCAACGGUCGCGUUUUCGCAAAAUUCGAGUAGAUAAUCGAGAAGGAAAACUCGUCAACAUCGUGAUUUUUUUUUUGUGUCUUAGAAAAUUCAGCAGUUUUCGGGUCAUGUUUCGGAAAUCUGGAGUCUUCGUCUUAACGGUGGUGUCGAUGAUGAUGAUGAUGAUGCCGGUGGAUUGUUGGGACCUAGACGCGUUGAGGGAAAACAGGAAGAAUGACAGUUCGGUUUCGAAAAAGGUGGCUCUGGACGAAUACGACACUCUGGAGGAGAUCACGAAGGCCUUGACGAAUAUGCUUUUCACCGGUCGUAAGAAAGGAGGCGGCGGCAACGGCAUGAGCAUGUUCUUCAUGCGCACCCUGAUGGACAUGUUCAACGCCACCGUUCCCAUGAUGGCCAUGACCGUCAUGGGUUGGAUGAAGGACAUCAUGCUGAUGGGAUCGGGCGCCUUCAUGAUGAUGAUGUACGACAUGCUGAGCAAGAGGGGACAGGAGAAGAAGAUCAUCAUCAAACUGGCCCAGCCGCCGCCGCCAGAACCGGCCCCGCCCGCCCAGACCGGAUACGGACCGUGGGAGGGUUGACGCCGCCACCGAGGACCGUAAAUUUUUUUAUUUCGAAAAGAGUGCGGGAAAAGACUGAACUGGUUUUAAUUUUUUAUAAUGAGAAACGGCAGCUUUGUUGGCUCACUGGGUAACAAAAAC